CUCGGCCACUCGCGCUCCCCUCCCCCAAGCCCUCGCUGCGCCUGCGCGCUGGGGACAACCGUUGCAGGGCGCCCACGGCCCUGAGGAGGGACUGUCGCGGCUGACACCCUCUCUUUUCGGCCCUGAGGUACCCGGCCUGGUGGCCCAGGACGUUCCCGUCGCAUGGCGGAGUGCUGCGGACGGUGCCCAUGAAGUCCUUAGUCCUAGUUGUGCUGUUGCUAUGGCUUUCAUCCGUGCCUGCCUUUCCGAGUAUAACUGUGACGCCUGAUGAAGAACAAAACUUAAAUCAUUAUGUAGAAGUUUUACAGAACCUAAUACUAAGUGUUCCUACUAGGGAGCCAGGUCGUGAGGAAAAAUCAAAGUCUCCAAAUAAUGCUCAUUCUAUAGGACCAAAGUUAUCAAGAUUUAAGGAGAUAAUUACACAUGGAGACACUUCAACUGAAAAUGAUGUUUUAAUGAAUCCUGUCAGUGAAGAAACCACAACUUCUCCUACUGGAGGCUUCACAAUGCCAGGAAGGAAGGAAAAAUCUACUGAAAGUACAGCAUUCUGGUCAAUUAAACCAAAUAAUGUUUCGGUUGUUUUACAUGCCGAUGAACCUUAUAUUAUUAAAGAGCCAGAGCCAGAGCCAGAUUCAGAAGUAAGAUCCACUGAGGCGCCAAAGCCAUUGCCAAAUGUUACUAAAUCAUCCACAAGUCCAGAUGUCACCCCUUUAAGUAGGAGCACUGACAUGGAUACUGUCACAGAACCAGAAGAUGUUCCUCAGCUCUCAGGCGAAUAUACAGUGGGAACACUUGAAACAAUAACAUUUGGAAGACACCCACAGAUUUUGAAUAAUGAAGACAUUUUGAAAAAAAUUUCAGAUAUUAGUUCACAGGUGCGGCAGGCACCUCUUGUUGAAAGCCUCAAGCCAGAAUACAGAGAGGACAUUCGAGCCUCUAGAGAGCACCUAAAACGAAGCCUUGCUUUAGCAGAAGCAGCAGAACAUAAAUUACAAAAAAUGUAUAGAUCCCAGUUCUUACCACUUGGCCGAAGCAGUAGUGAAAUUGAUGACAUUGAAACUGUAAUUAACAUGCUGUACAAUUCUAGGUCUAAAUUAUCUGAAUAUUUGGAUAUUAAAUAUGUUCCACCAGAGAUGAGAGAAAAGGCUACUACAGUCUUCAAUACAUUGAAAAAAAUAUUAUGUGUAAGUCAACUAGAAACUCAAAACCUUAUUAGGAAGUUAUUAAACAAUAAUAUAAAAAUGUUGCACCUACUUGAUAUUCCAUGACAAAAAUUGAUUGAAACAAACUAUGCAUUCACUUCACAGAAGAAAUAAGCACAUUAGUGAUUCACAAGUUGUAUAACAAAAUAUUUUCUACUGUUCAAUGUGCCAACAUCUCUACAUGUCAUAUGUUCUAAAAUAUUCUCAUGUGCACUAAAGCCUAAUAAUUUAAAAUAAAAUUUUGGUUCAGGA